UCAUAGCAAAAACCGACACUCGUCGACACUGGUAUGACCGACCGAAAAUCACUGAAAACAAAUCCGCGAAUUAAAAUUUAAAAACGUGAAAAAUGGUGACUAUUUCACACGAUUCAGAUAGUGAAGAUGAAUUACCCCCUGGGUGGGAGGAGAGGACAACACUUGAUGGAAAUGUUUAUUACGUCAACCAUUACACGAAAUUGACGCAGUGGAAACAUCCACGAACUGGUAGAAAAAAAAUUGUGGAAGGAGAGCUUCCUCCUGGGUGGGAAAAGUGCACGUCAGACGAUGGAAAAAUAGUCUUCGUCGAUCACACAAAUCGAACGACAACGUACACUGAUCCACGAUUGGCAUUUGCUACUGAAUACAGAGAGCCUAUGCAGCCAGUGAGACAGAGAUUUGAUGGUAGUACACCAGCUCUAGCUGUCCUACAUGGAAGAGACUUGAGAGGAAAAGUUGCUAUUGUCACUGGAGCAAAUACAGGAAUAGGCUUCCAGACUGCCAGAUCUCUAGCUUUUCACGGUUGCACAGUGAUUUUUGCAUGUAGAAAUGAGGAGAAAGCUGAGGCUGCCAUCGAGGCGAUAAGAAACGAGCGAGAGAACACCACGUGUGAUAUUUUGCAGAUGGAUUUCUCUUCGUUGCACACUAUGAGAGAUGCCGCUGAGAAAUUUAAGCAGAAGUACAGAACUCUCGAUAUUUUAAUUCUCAAUGCUGGAGUAUUUGCAAUGCCAUACACUUUGACUCAAGACGGUUAUGAAACGACUUUUCAAGUUAAUCACCUAGCGCAAUUCUAUUUAACUUUGCUACUGGAGCAUCCGAUUAGGAGUAGUAAAAAUCCAAGAGUCGUGAUUGUUUCGAGCGAGUCUCACAGAUUCUCGAGUAUUCAAACGCCUGAGGAUAUCCAUCCUCUGACCCUCUCUCCUCCAGCUUACAAGUACUGGUCGAUGGCUUCCUACAACGACUCGAAGCUCUGCAAUAUUUUAUUCGCCCAGGAACUAGCCAGGAGGUGGCCCUCAGUCAGUGUCUUCAGUUGUCAUCCAGGGAACAUGGUCUCGACAGAGAUCUCUCGUUACUCCUGGCUGUACAGAUUCCUCUUUGCCCUGGUGAGACCCUUCACAAAGUCACUCCAGCAAGCAGCAAGCACUUCAGUAUUCUGCGCAACUGCUCCAGAGCUCGAGGGAGCCACAGGGAUUUACUUCAACAACUGUUUUAGGUGUGAUCCCUCGAGCAUAUCCCUGGACUCAACUCUGGCCUCGAGACUGUGGACCGUCAGCCAGGAGAUGAUAAUUAACGUUGUGAAACGAGAAAAAUUGUGGUACGACCUAGCUAUCAAGUGAAAAAUCCCCGGAGCUUCGACUCUCU